GUCCCCCUCCUCGAUGACGCAGUCAUUCCGACGGUUCGCCGCGCGCGGGCUGCGCGUCAAGAACCUCUUCUCCCCACCGAAGCCUCAGUCACCCCGGCGCAUCGAUCCGGCGCAGAUAUCCCUUCCCCUCGAGCGGCCCGCGGACCGCCCGGCGGCGGCGGUGACGUCCGCGUGGUACGACGACCCGGAGUCGCAGUCGCAGUCGCGUUCGCCCCCGCCGGUGCCACGUGCGAUCGUAGUGUAUCCUGUGUCGGACUCGGAGUCUGGUUCGGAGUCGGGGUCGUCGUACGAGGACUAUCCGGAGGUGUAUAGUGAUGCGCGGGAUCAUGAUGCUGCGCUAGGAUGACUGGGCAGGACUUUCUCUCUGAUACUGCAGCAUAAUCACAGUAGGGGUAUAUCUUUGGUGUACUUACAGUAUAUGCGACAUAUACACCGGCCAAACGACGUUAAGUUUCCUGGUCCGCCGAUUCCAUGGUAGAAUGGCUGUCUAUCAACGGCCCGGGGCACAGGAUCCCAAGGAAUAGACGGUUUGUGCGAGAUGCAAUACCACGGAUGUGAUUCCAGUCAUACUCGAGAUCUCUUAUGCCGCUGGAUUGCGAACGCGCGCAGAGCAUCAAUGUUGCGUUGACCCACUCAUCCCUCGCGACUACUGAAUUGGGUCCAUUUAUUGAGUGCAGGGGACGUGUACAACAUUCGAGAGUGAUGAUCGAGCCGGAGAGAUCAUCACAUCUUCUUUCAGUCUUCUUGUGCGAGAUCAAGCAAGUUCGAGUGAAGAUGCUUGUUGAGGCUAUUCGCGAAACCAGACGUUCGAGAUGCUCGUAGUAGUAAGAAGUGAUGGUGAAGUGAUGGUGGACAGCCACCAUCACUCUUCUCUCCCAAAAAACAUGUCGAACAUCUCCAAAUUGCGCAUCCCCUCCAGCAAGAAGCUUCACUCGAUCUUGAUCUGCUGAAAA